CCGCUUUCUCCUCGAUCCAGAGCUAUACAUAUCCAUCAGCAGCAGCAGCAGCCAAAUUCACCAUCCUCCAGCGAUCGAUCGAUCACCUGCAGUACUAGUUCUCUCAAGCUUCUUGGUCGCCGGCCAUGAGCUACGGGAGCAGCUCUUCUGGGGGGCGAGGCGGGCGGCGGGUGGAGUACGGGAGGACGUACGUGGUGAGGCCCAAGGGGAGGCACCAGGCCACCAUUGUGUGGCUCCAUGGCCUCGGCGACAAUGGCGCAAGCUGGUCCCAGCUACUGGAUUCUCUUCCUCUGCCUAAUAUCAAAUGGAUUUGCCCUACUGCACCAACACGCCCUGUUGCUGCUUUCGGUGGAUUCCCUUGCACAGCAUGGUUUGAUGUGGAGGACACUUCCGUGGAUGGCCGUGAUGAUAUUGAAGGGCUUGAUGCUUCAGCUGCACACGUUGCAAACCUACUGUCAUCCGAGCCAUCUGAUGUGAAGCUUGGGAUAGGUGGUUUCAGCAUGGGUGCUGCCGCUGCCCUCCACUCUGCUGCAUGCUAUGCUCAUGGAAGAUUCACAAACGGCGUUGCCUACCCGGUCACCCUCAGCGCCGUCAUCGGUUUGAGCGGUUGGCUUCCCUGUUCAAGGACUCUGAAGAGCAAGAUGGACAGCUCUCAGACUGCACUGAGAAGGGCUGGUGCCUUACCAAUCCUGCUCAGCCAUGGAAGAGCUGAUGAGGUUGUCACCUACAGAAAUGGUGAGAAAUCAGCCGAUUUCCUGCGAGGCUCGGGUUUUCAGUAUCUGAAUUUUAAACCCUACAACGGCCUGGGGCAUUAUACCAUCCCUGAAGAAAUGGACGAUGUCUGCAAGUGGCUCAGUUCAAGGCUGGGACUUGACCGAUCCCGCGGCUAAUUCGAAAAUAUGAACCCGGUUCAGUGGCUUUGGUAGUGAUGUAUAAGAGAAGAAGGUAUUGACAAUAUACAGGAGAAGGUUGAUUAGGAUAUGUGAAUUGUGACAGUCAUGGCUUUGGUAGCAUAUGUAACACUAUGUGUUUUCCAAACAACUGCAUACCACGUUACAGUUGUAGUUUUCUACUGAUGUACUUUGUUACCGCUAAAGAGGGAUGCGUAUAAUGUAGUAUUGUAUUGCUUGUUUGAUACUUUCGUUACUAAUGCUAUCGAGCCUCACUAAUCUUGCAGUCA